AUGAUUCUGCUGUCGACUGUGAUACUUCUGUUUUCAGCUGCACUUUUUAUGCACUUCUAUAAUAGGAGAAGAUAUCUACUAAUACGUAAUGUUCCAAGUUUAGAUAUAUAUCCUAUAUUCGGCACGAUUUCAAUAUUUUUUAGCUUCAGACAAACAGAUAUUAUGUUUUCUGUUCGAAAAUACUAUGCAAAGUAUGGCAAAAUUACGCACGGUUGGAUUUUUAAUCGACUUUUUGUCAUAUGCAAAGAUGUGGAGAUGAUCGAACAAGUUUUGUCAAGCAAUCAGACCACAACGAAACUGCAAAUGUACAAUGUUUUGAGGGACUGGCUCGGCGUUGGUUUACUCAUCAGCAAUGGCAGAAAAUGGUUUGCACGGCGUAAAAUUAUCACUCCAGCUUUUCAUUUUAAGAUUUUGGAGGAAUUUGUCAAAAUUUUCGAUCAACAAAGUACUAUACUUUUAGACCGUUUGGCAACUAAAGCUGAUGGUGUGAACAGCUUUGAUAUUCAACCAUUUAUAUGUGCAGCAUCUCUAGAUAUUUUUGCAGAAAGUGCGUUAGGUACAAAAAUAUAUGCACAAACGGAUAAAUGCGUUGAAUAUGCAAGUGCUGUCAGAGAGAUUACUGAUUUAAUAGCUUGGCGUGCUUUGAUCGUACCAUUUCAAAGUGAAUUGAUAUUUUCUUUGUGCUGUCCUGUUUUAAAAUUGCGGCAAAUGAAAUUAACAAGACUUUUGAAAAACUUUUCUACACAAAUAAUUGAAAAACGUCGUCAGGAUCUGGAAAAUAAUUUGUCUCAAUCCACUGAUGAUACACCACAAGAAGAUGAUGACACAAUUGGUAUCAAGAAACGAAUGGCUCUAUUAGAUUUAUUACUUCAAUCCAAUGUUGAUGGAAUUCCGUUAACGGAUGAGGAUAUUCGAGAAGAAGUCGAUACAUUUACGUUUGAGGGACAUGAUACAACAACAUCAACAAUAUGUUUCGCAUUAUUUGAAAUAUCUCGACACCCACAGGUGCAGGAAAAAGUUUUGAGUGAAGUUAGGGAAGUACUGAAUAUUAAAAGUGAUAACUCAAUUAAAAUCCAAGAUCUUAGCAAAUUGAAGUAUACUGAAUGUGUUAUUAAGGAGACAUUACGUUUGUAUCCAUCAGUGCCUAUUGUUGGAAGAAAAAUUAUGUCGGACUUUAAGUAUUCUCAUUCAAAGAUUGGUGAUGGUGUGUUACCAGCGACUACAGAGGUUUACGUUGACUUUUUUAAUACAAUGCGUGAUCCGGAUAAUUAUGAGAAUCCAGAAGAGUUUAUACCUGAACGAUUUGAGAACAUGAAAAUGGAAUCUGCAUUUGUUUAUUUGCCUUUUAGUGCUGGACCUAGGAACUGCAUUGGACAAAAGUUCGCAAUGUUGGAAAUGAAAAUGAUUUUGGCAAAAGUUGUAUCAAAAUUUGAAUUAAUUUCAAGUGGAGAAAAUUUCAAACUGAAAUAUGCGAUGGUUAUUCGUUCAUGUAACGGCUUUCCAAUAAUCAUUAGGGAACGAGGCUUCAGACAAACAGAUAUUAUGUUUUCUGUUCGAAAAUACUAUGCAAAGUAUGGCAAAAUUACGCACGGUUGGAUUUUUAAUCGACUUUUUGUCAUAUGCAAAGAUGUGGAGAUGAUCGAACAAGUUUUGUCAAGCAAUCAGACCACAACGAAACUGCAAAUGUACAAUGUUUUGAGGGACUGGCUCGGCGUUGGUUUACUCAUCAGCAAUGGCAGAAAAUGGUUUGCACGGCGUAAAAUUAUCACUCCAGCUUUUCAUUUUAAGAUUUUGGAGGAAUUUGUCAAAAUUUUUGAUCAACAAAGUACUAUACUUUUAGACCGUUUGGCAACUAAAGCUGAUGGUGUGAAGAGCUUUGAUAUUCAACCAUUUGUUUGUGCAGCAUCUCUAGAUAUUUUUGCAGAAAGUGCGUUAGGUACAAAAAUAUAUGCACAAACCGAUAAAUGCGUUGAAUAUGCAAAUGCUGUCAGAGAGAUUACUGAUUUAAUAGCUUGGCGUGCUUUGAUCGUACCAUUUCAAAGUGAAUUGAUAUUUUCUUUGUGCUGCCCUGUUUUAAAAUUGCGGCAAAUGAAAUUAACAAGACUUUUAAAAAACUUUUCUACACAAAUAAUUGAAAAACGUCGUCAGGAUCUGGAAAAUGAUUUGUCUCAAACCACUGAUGAUACACCACAAGAAGAUGAUGACACAAUUGGUAUCAAGAAACGAAUGGCUCUAUUAGAUUUAUUACUUCAAUCCAAUGUUGAUGGAAUUCCGUUAACGGAUGAGGAUAUUCGAGAAGAAGUCGAUACAUUUACGUUUGAGGGACAUGACACAACAACAUCAGCAAUUUGUUUCGCAUUAUUCGAAAUAUCUCGACACCCACAGGUGCAGGAAAAAAUUUUGAGUGAAGUUAGGGAAGUACUGAAUAUUAAAAGUGGUAACUCAAUUAAAAUCCAAGAUCUUAGCAAAUUGAAGUAUACUGAAUGUGUUAUUAAGGAGACAUUACGUUUGUAUCCAUCAGUGCUCGUUAUUGGAAGAAAAAUUAUGUCGGACUUUAAGUAUUCUCAUUCAAAGAUUGGUGAUGCUGUGUUACCAGCGACUACAGAGGUUUACGUUGACUUUUUUAAUACAAUGCGUGAUCCAGAUAAUUAUGAGAAUCCAGAAGAGUUUAUACCUGAACGAUUUGAGAACAUGAAAAUGGAAUCUGCAUUUGUUUAUUUGCCUUUUAGUGCUGGACCCAGAAACUGUAUUGGACAAAAGUUCGCUAUGCUGGAAAUGAAAAUGAUUUUGGCAAAAGUUGUAUCAACAUUUGAGUUAAUUGGAAGUGGAGAAAAUAUCCAAGUUAGAUUUGCGCUCAUAAUUCGUUCAUUCAAUGGUUUUCCAAUAAUCAUGAAACAACGAGAUGGAACAUUUAUAUGAUUAUUAGAGAAACUUGUAUUAUACUAAUUAGAUAAAAGCUUU